AUGCCGUUAAACGUUGAGCCUCAGGAGUAUUUCGACGGACUCGGUGAUGAGUCCGGUCGCGACCAGAUGUGCCUCCCCACCGCCAUUCGAGCCCUCAACACCCUUAUGGCAAACGGGUUCAUGGUUGUGGAGUACGGCAACCAAAUUCUUUUUCGCCACGGCGAUAGAAAGUUCUGUGAAGUGAGUAAGCUAAUAUCUGAGAUUGAAAGCUAUCAUCAACUAAAUAUGGACCAGAACCCAGAGUGGUUACUCCGUGACGAGGAUGUCAUCAGGGCAUCAGAACUUCUUGCCCGGGAUUAUCCUCGGGUUCGUCCUAAUGAACGGCCCUGGGUGGGCUACUGGGACUCCCGCGCCCGCUGCCACUCCAUUGAGAUGCCGGAGCUAGGACUGAAUUUCGGUGUGAUUUACCUGCUGCCCAUGUCGACCGUUCGUCUCCACGUCAAUGAUACAGUCCGGGUCGCGUCUACUCUGAACAAAUUUCAUACCAUCCACAGCCCCGAGCCUGUUGCAUACAUUGCUUCUCUGAUUCAAGAGCUACUAACUCUUAGAGUCGCCGACAUGGGGCGGUUCCGCGUGCAAUCAGAUCUCCUGCACUUCAUCUGCUUCCGGGUUCUGAGAAUCCCGCCAUCUCCUGGUCCUGGUAUUGUUCAACGCAGCGCUGAACAGCGCAAGAAGAUGACUGCGAUGGCCUUCGCGACGAACCGGUGGCCAUGGCGAAAAAUGGAUCCCACCGUCCGUCAAAUCGCCAAGAAAAUUAUCGGUGAGCCUCAGUAUGUCUGGGAUUUGGCACCCUCCCCUCCUGGGCCGCCUGUCAUGUUAGGCCCGCCCAACCACUACCCCAGCUUUGGCUCUUUCGCCGGGCCAGUCCCGCCUACAAUGCCCUAUUUUCCUGCGUCAGUUAUCGGCCCCGGCCCGGUCCCCCGCGUCUUACUGUCAGCUCCGCCUCCUUCUCGCCUGGCUCAGCCUGUCCCGCCUGCGGUGGCUGCCUCUUUCGGUGCAAUUAACUACAUGGCCCCUCCCCCGUUUAACCAGUUUGCUACGACUCCUCAGCAGACUCUGCACACAGCUCCUGUGGGACCUGCCUCCGUCGGCCCGGCCCCCAGCCCCGGCCAGUUCGCAUCGCCCGCUCCAGCUGCUCAGUCGUCGAGCUCGCGCGCCAUGCCCGCUCCUCCCUCGCCUCCCGCAUAA